AUGCAAGACGAUGACGUCACUAAGUGCCGGUUUGAGAUUUGGAGCUAAAUGCAGACUGAUAAAUAUUGAAAAUUUUUAUUUUAAUGAAAUAAAAAAGCGAUAUAAAUUCAAAAGACUUUACGAUUAUUUUCAUAUCGAAAAAAAAAAAAAAACUGGUUAAAAGACAAUAGAUAUAGCCUGUUGAUCGGACAAACUCAAAUUGUUCCGAAACGCAAGAAAAUUGUUCCGAAACAAAAUUUGUACUGUUUUGGAGCGAAUUUGGUGCGCCGAUGUACACGGUUUUGCGUUUUGAAGCAUUUUCUGUUUUUCUGAUGAACACGCCAUUAAAAAUAGUACUAUGUUCUAAACGAUUUUAAUAGAAAAUUUUUGGCGCUGGAAAUUUAUUUUGUCGUAAGAUCCAGUGCUUACGUAUUGUGCGUUACAGUCGACGACAGAUCUUUGAUUUUUGUCGUAAGAUCCACUGCUUGCGUAUUGGGCGUUACAGUCGACGACAGUUUUUGAUUUUCUUGUUUUCAUUUUGCAACAAAACGCUUUUAUGUCGGCUUUUCGUGUGACGGUUUUAUUUAGAAAUUUUUCGAAAAUUUUACUCAGACAAGAGUGAAGGAUUUUUAUAUUCUGUGCGUAAAAAGGUGCAGAGAAGUAGCCGUCCUCCGAAGAAAAAAUGGGAACGUUCCUCGCAUGUUAUUCCAAUUUUCGAUGCCGUUUUCCCUCGAUUUUUUUCCAAUAUAUUGAUCCUCUCUAAAGUUAGGUCUUUUAUCCUAAUAGGGGAAUAAAAAAAAAUCAAGUCUAGUGGUUUUUUUUCUUUGAAUUUGAAGCAGCUGGCUUUCAGUUUCGAAGUUCCGUGAAUACCUGUUUGAAGACAGGGUUCAACGAGAGUGCAGGGUUGAUAUAUUCCUGUCUGGAAAGGAGAAGUUGACAAAUCUUCGCAGUAUCUUCAUGCCAUAAUAGCGGUGAAUGAAGUGCGAUUUAAUUUUUAUCUGAUUUAUCAUCUUUUCAGGAGUCUAAGAAUGCCGAGCUCAGCACUGGUUGUCCGCGCGUUUGUUGUUUGCCGGAUUAUUCCUACAACGGUUGGAUUUUUUUGAGUUCCAACUUUUUUUUAGAUGUCUAUAGAUUAUAAUUUCGGAAGGUUUUCACUUUACUUGGUUCUUUAGAAAACAAAAUCAUGACGUCGGAUUCUCUACCAUCGUGAAUUUCAUGUCUUGAAAUUUUUUUACAUUGUGAUUUCAUCGAAAAAUAAUCUUAUUUUGUCCGCGUUCAAACUUCGAAAAAAACAAAACCUUGCCUCGUUAUAAAAGUUUAUUUUUUUAAAUGGUUGAUUGAAAAAAACAAGUUUACCGUGUUUAAUAUUGCAAAAAAAUUGAGUAUAUACAAAACUUUUUCAUUGAACCUAGUACCUCGGCCUCACUGUUCCUUGGAAAAAGUAAGUCGAGCAACCUUUCGGCCAACCAUCUCGUUUUUUUGGAACUUUUGUUCUAUCUGACUGUUACCGUCUGCAUUUUCAUUAGAAAAAAGGUGCAUUGUUAGUUUUUUUUUUUCUUUUGUACAUGUAUUUCCAAAUGUAUUCCUUUUUCAUUCGAAGUUUUUAAAACAGAGAAAUCGCCUAAAAAUCGGCGAUCGUCGAAAAGGCAUUCUUGAUAGUGAAAGGGAGAUCUCGGAAGCGAAGAAAUUCCGAAGGCACCGGACGGGGGCCGUCUGUCGCAUAUGCAUAUUUCAACCACUUAUGACCUCUUUCGGCGCAAAUCUCGCUCUUCUUCUCAUUAUCAGCCACCCAUUCUUCGUUCGCGAAGUGUUUCAAUUAUGACUCCGCACUUGUUUUGCAUCUUGCUUGGCUUCAAAGUCUCAUACUUUUUCAAAUAAUGUUGCGGCUCGAAAAAUUAUGAAAAAACGUUGAUCGCUAUUUUUCUUCAUUUUUUUUCUUUUGUGAGAUUAACUGAUGAUUUGUAAAGUUCCGAAAAUUACUUGUUAAGUACCGAAAAUAGUUUGGGCGGAGCACUAGUCUCGAGACGCAAAGCUCAGAAGGAAUGAGGUCGAAUAAUAACCCCAUCGGUGUACAAACAUUUGCCUAGAGCCUAAAAGGAGAUGAACCGCUACUUUUCCUUCUCUUCUUCAAUUGAUUCACCCUUCAUAGAAAUUGGAAGUUGUAACAUAGUUUUUUUUGGAAUGAAUCUCAUUAACCAAAGGCUAGAAGACUUACUUCUGAUCAAUUUUUGCUGUUAUUGAGUUUUCUUAUAUCUUGUUUGUUUGCAAUAGAAGAGUAUUUGAAGGCUCUGCUCGGUUUUUUUUUCUAUGCUACGACAUAAAAGUAAAAAAAAGAAUCAAACGUAUAGUGGCCGUGUUUUUUUCUAGCUAGACCGUGCCUUGGUAAUAUUUCUAUGAUUUAAGAUUUUUCAGUUUUAAUUUCUUUUCACAAAUAAAGUUUUCAGGGGCGCUGCAAGGCACGAAGAGAGAGAUGGGCGACGAAGUCGUCGCGGACGGCGUCCCACCCGAGCCGCCGCCCCGCGACUACUUCUCUUCGUUCGCAGGCGACGACCGUCUGCGACUGCGUCUAGAAGCUUGUCGCGACGGUUUGCUCCAGCUCGAUGUGAUGCGAACCAAACACACUCACAUGAUGGAAGUCUGUUUUCUGUCUAUAAAUGUAAACGCUGCUAUCCAGUCAUGAAAUGAAAGUCGUGGUUUGAGAAGCGGGGGCAGUUGCUAGAAACGGAGAAUACUUAGACGGUGGAAAAAGUUUUUCAGUAUGACUUCACAGUUUUUGAGCCCUCUCUUUCUUCCAUGAUCUUUAAAUUGACGUCAUUUUUCAAACUUCAACUCGACGUUUGCUUCAAUAGUAUAAACGAAUACAAAGUGAAAAGUUGGAGACAGAUAUUUCUGAGUCUAUUCUUGAGAGGCUUGAUCGAUGUUUAGUCGACCUAUAAAUCGUACAAAAUUAGGGCAUUUGGCAACAGUUUUACCACUUUUUUGACUUAAAAAUUCGAAGAAUCAAGUUUCAAAAAAUCCCAUUUAAAAUAAAGAAAAUCGCUGCAUGAAAGAUUGUCAGCUUUUCUGGUAUGAAAUAUCUUGCAGCAACUGCGGUGCCGCCUACCAGUGAUCCCAGGAAACGAAGACGUCAUGGCCAGGGAGAAAAAGUUUCGAGAUAUCCUCGACCGCUCCUCAAUUCAAAGCGUUGACUCGGGAGUUUCCUCUUUUGGUCAAGUGAGUUUUUCUCGCGGAGUUAGACAGCGGAGACAGAUAACAACCAAAUCGGACCGAUCUCGCACGCUAUUCAUUUCUUUUCGGCUUGUCCCAUCGCCUGUUCAUGCCUGUUUUAAUAUGUUUGCAAUCGCAGUUCCAAUCGAAUGUAAUAGUUCUUUUCUUGGAAUGCUUUUAACGCUAAUGUGAUGUUCAGCAUUGAGUCUCAAAAUAGUUGGAACUUUUUCAAUUUUCCUGUGAAAUGGCGAACCUGAGAAGAGAUUCAGACGACGCUGGCGUCAACGCGAUCGUCUUCGCCGGCCCUCUCUUCGAAUGAAGAUUUGUCCUCUGACUACGCCACCAUCAUCAAGCAACCCCUUCACACUUAUGAGUUUCGGAUCCAUUGUUUCACUUCCAUACCCUUCUUUACAGAAUGCCACCCACCAUGCCUUACUCGACAUUCCGAAAAAUUUCUCUUGAAAACGAAUAUAAACCGAUCGUAAGGAAUCGAACGAUUUUUGUAAGGAGUCUGUUGCGUUCAGGUGACGAGUCGAAGCUGCCAUCGGGGAGUCUGGCAAGUGCCGCAAAGACCCAAGAGCAUGUACGACAGUGCAAACUCUCCUAACGAUUUUUUGUAUGUCCUUUUUUCUACUGCUCUCGAAUUUUAUGAGUUUCAGAAGCAACCAAUCGCCCUACGUAGAUUCUCACAUCUUCCAAAAAGUUGUCUCUUCGAACUGCGAAGGAAAGAAAGACGUCUCUGUUCAGCAUCGGCAUGCUUUUGCUCCAUCUGGAGCCCCGAACCGACCCGACCACGCCACUCGCUCUUUCGCCCGACCUUUCGAAGAACUGCAAAACGCCAAGAUUGCGCCAAAUCCUAGUCCUAAUCAACGACGGCUGCGAACCGCACAGAAACCUGAAGUUGUACGCAAAAGCAAAGUAGAGGUUCGUGACAAAACUUGAUUUUCUAUAUUCUUGUUACGUCACUGAGUUACUGUAACAUUUUGAACGUUUUUUUUCCUUAUCGGAAGUUUUUUAUGAAAAAUAGUUAAUAUAACGGUGUACUCUUUUCAUUUUGCUCAAUUUACAGUUGUAAUCUUUGAGAGAGCGGAAGAAAUACUGAGCUAUGUAGACUUUUUGCUUAAUAACGGCAAUCGAGAUUUGCUGCAAGUUAAAUAUGAAUAUGCGCAUGUCGUCCACUGCUUUUGUGGAAGAAUUUGGUAGUUGGGAAUUCAGAAGGCGGACGUGAUGUUCCGUGCCAACUGUGUGUAUCUGGAAGCGACGACGCCGCAGUCGCAACGACGGACGCGACUUCGUUUCUCGCCGUCGCGAUCUCCGCCAACAAGAAAAGCCUUUUUCGCAACCAACUGUCGGUCUUCCCAGUCAGAGUCGCCGCUCUACGCUUCUCCUUGCAAGAUUAGGUUAGUUUGUCGAAUGAUAUCGGAAUUCUACCCGAUUGAAGACUGAGAACCCCCUCGAAAACUUUUUUGUUCUUCAAACACCACGCAAAGAGUUUUCCUUUCAGGCCCCGCUUUUCAACCAUCUUCUUUAAAAUUGUUGAGUAUAUAUUCUAAAAAUAAAGCUCUCAACUCAUCAUAAAAGUUUGUGUAUUCCUUUUAAGUUGGCUCUAUAUUUUCUUAUGAUAUAUUUUGAAAGAUACGCCUUUAACGAAACAAAAACAGCUAAAAUUAGGCAUUCCUGAUUCGAUUUUCCUGUAGGAAUCCUCAGGAGCCUAGGGAGCAUAUGAUGAAGUUUUAUGCGUUCUCACUUUUUCUUGUCACUACUGCUGCGCGAAUUACCACACUUUUUUUUAAAGACAUUUAUGUUACAUUAACAUUGAAAAAGAAUAUGUGUUGCUACUGUUUUCUGAUUCAGAUCGCGGAUGGAACCAUCUCAAGAAGUCGUGAGCGCUCCUCUCCCUCCACAGAGUCACAAAUUUGCUGCGAAGCCAUUCUUUCCAUCGAGGUUGGUUCUCAAAAGGCCAACUCACACAAAACUCUUACCAGGACGACUGCGAACCGACUAGCCGCGCCCACAUGGACGCAAUCUCAACCUCUUUGA